AUGUCUGUGACGUCUAUAGAAUUGGCAUCUCCAGCGCGGGUCCACGCUACCACCAAGUCUUCGCAGCUGGUGUUAGAGGCCAUAGGGAGCAGUGCGGAGAACGUUACCAGCCAUGGUGUACAUCGAGACCCAGAUGAUAGCAGUGACGAGGAGGUGGCCAGUACCUUUUCCGUCCCGCCUGUUUCGAGGACAAAAGCCGCGGUUAUUAUUGCUUCAGCGUCGAGCAUGGUACUAAUGAACUCCGUACUGACUGGUAUACUUACCGUGGGACUGCCAGUCAUUGCAGCUGAUAUUGGACUUGGGGACAGCUUACUUCUAUGGCCAGCAUCGGUUUAUGGGCUGACUUGUGGCUGCACGCUUCUUCUCUCGGGAUCCCUUGCGGAUGUAAUUGGCAGCCGACCGAUCUACCUUGCGGGAUGUGGUAUCCUAUCUGCCUUUACCCUUGGAUGCGGCCUUGUCAAGACUGGUAUUCAGCUCAUUAUGUUCCGCGCUAUGUCCGGAAUCGCCAUGUCUCUGUGUCUCCCUAGUGCCGUGAGUAUUAUCACUGCUGCCUUCGCGCCAGGUGGACGAAGGAAUAUCGCCUUUGCAUGCUUGGGUGCGGCGCAGCCCGUCGGAUUCUCGCUUGGUAUAGUCCUUGGAGGUGUUCUGAUUGCAAGCAUUGGGUGGAGAUAUGGAUAUUACAUCGUUGCAGGUGUCAACGUCCUGGUCCUUAUUGUCGCCUUCUGGCAAAUUCCUGCAGACCCCCGGAAAGUAGUCCCAGUAACCUGGAAGAGAUUAACAACUGAGAUUGACUGGGUUGGAACUCUCCUCAUCAGUGCAUCCCUUGGAUUGUUUUCUUAUGCUUUGUCAACCAUCAGUGUGUCGAUCCGUGAGUUGGCCAAGCCAGGUAACGCUGUGGCCCUGGCUCUCUCGGCAGUUUGUCUUGCAGGGUUUGUCUUCUGGAUUCAUCGUCAAGAGCGACUUGGUCGGGUCGCCAUGGUACCACCAAACUUGUUUCAGUCCACCACUAACGCUCCCCGACGAGCCCGAAACUUCACCUGCGUGUGCAUCUCAGUCUUCUUUACCUGGGCGCUUUUCAAUUCUUUCCAGUUCUUCACCACCCUCUACUUCCAGGAACUCCAGGGGAACUCGGCUCUUAUGGCCUCCAUCAAAUAUAUCCCCAUGGUUAUAUCGGGCCUUGUCAUUAAUAUUGUCACCGGUUUUCUCGUAAAGCGAGUUUCUGCGGAUAUUCUCUGUACUUGUGCGGCCGUCGCGUCUUCAAUCGCUCCAUUACUCAUGGCAAUCGCCCGUCCAGAAUGGAGUUACUGGACCGCUACAUUCUUUGCAACUAUUUUAAUACCCGUCUCUGCUGAUACGCUUUUCACAGUGUCAAACCUCGUGAUUACUUCUGCGUUCCCUCCCAAGACCCAUGGGCUAGCUGGUGGAGUGUUCAACACUAUAUCUCAAAUUGGUAUGUCCGUUGGCAUCGCCAUUACUGCAGUGGCCUCUAACUCUGUGAUUGAACAUGAGCUCCCUCACACAGACCGAAAAACAGCCUUGCUCAAGGGUUACAGAGCUACGUAUUGGAUCUCCUUUGGAGCUGCUGUGAUGAUGGUCGCAUUAAGUCUAUGGGGAUUAAGGAGUAUCGGAAAGAUUGGACUAAAGAAGGAGUAA